AUGGCGACCUUCCAGCCAGUUCAUUUUGUGCCGAAAAACCGCCAGGGGGAAAUCUUGGCUUUAACUGUGACACAGAUCCUUGCUGUGCCGCACAGUCAAAAUUCGGGGGCAAACCAUUGGUGUAUCUACCUAUCGGUAUCUCCCAAGAGAUCUGUCCAAUUUGAUUGUCAGCCAAGCUACAGCGCCCCAAGCUCUAUUCUCCAAGGCGGUUCUAAAGCCCACCUUAUUGUUUCAGAGUUGACGUGUAAGGUACCCGAUGAUGCCCAAGCAGAGUUCAUCAUCGAUGUGAUACCCGGGCUUUCAGUCUCGCGAAUUUACAAUUUGCUCAUUGGAAAUGGCCGCCACAAGUACGAAUUCGAUGCAAAUGGAGUGUGGUGCAGAUUCUGGACUCUUGGUCAAAUCGAUCUUUUACAUCAAGUCCAAUUCGCCACGAACAUGGAUCAAAUCACGGCAGCAAGAUCCGCCAUACGGAAACUAUGGCCGGAGCAGACGCACCUUGCUCUUGACCAGGGGGCAUAUUAUCCGUAA